AUGUUUUCUUAAAGAUUUCCGGCACUUGAUUAAAGUACUCCAAAAAUAUUAUCUAAAACAACAUUUAAGUUUGACAUUAGAUCGUAUAAGACUACAGAAGAUGUUGGAAUUAAAUAAUAAGGAUAAAGUGUUUAAACAAAGAGACAAAAAACUUAGCCAAGUUUUAAAUAGAUGCCGGUUUUUAAGAAACUUGUCUAAAAGAAAUUAUUUAAUUCAUUGGUUAAUCCAAAUUAGCAAUUUGAAAUGCCUUGUAAUUGGGAAUAAAAAUAUCAUGAAAAAGUAUAAUGAUUUAAUUGUAUAAAUUGAGGAGAAAGAAUGUUAGGAAUUAUAAGAGAAAAAUUAAGAAUAAUAAAAAUUGAUGGAGUAACUUGAAAGAAAAUACUUAUCACUUAAAUUGGCUUAUGAAAGUUUAUAAGAAGACAAAUAAGAAAAUGAUGUUUUGAAUAUUAAAAAGUAAAUGAAUUCAUUAGAAAUGGAAUUAAAGGAAUAAUUACAUAGAGCAGAAUAAUAGUUAUGGAGAACAUAAGAGUAGAAUUGUUUAAUUUAAGAUAAAUUUAAAUAAUUUGAAUUAAAAGCUAAACUUUUGUAAUAAUAAACAGUAAGAGAGAUUUAACAUAUAGAUUCAUCUUCAUUAAGCGUUGCUUUGUAAAUAUUGUGGAAAAUUAGUAAAUGAUGCUGUAACUAUAAUUCCUUGUGCUCAUACUUAUUGUGGCACAUGUAAUAAAGGAUAUUAAAAGAAAUGUUUUCUAUGUGGUGAUGAAGUAUUUAUUAUAAAUAUAAUUUAUUAAAGGCAAAAAUUGAAGCCACUUAUUAUAAUUAGUUUAUGAGUGAAAUAGUUAAAAUGUAUGAUACUUUCUAAACAAUAGUUUAAAUAUUUUUAAGAUGA